AGAGAAUAUUAGCAUGGGUAUGGUCAUGAUCAAUAACAAGGUAGACUGUUUGACCUUUGUAAGGUCCCAUUUGGCUCUGGGAUUCUACGCCUCUUUCCAUUUUCAGCAAAGUUUCAUGUUAAGAUGGAUGUUUAAAAGAGCACAGAAAAGAAGAUCUGAUGUGAUGUGGAACUUUUAAAAGCACUUUGACUACUUGAUAGGCUUGGGAACAUAACACACGCAUAAGACAGAGUCCUGGCUUCAAGAUGCUUAUAACUUUGUGAUCGACCUAAAGGAAGCAUGAUUAUAGAACAGUUUGGUGUUUAUGAGGUAUUUUGAUUUGCCCGGAAAUGGGACAACUAACCCAUUAGUAUAGCAUCCAGGAGAUUGUUUUUCUUGCAAGACUAUUGACUGCCCACCAUUCCUUCUGCUAAAUAAGAUGAGUAGGGAAGACCUGUUGCAUUUUUUUUUUCCCUCCAUAGGUGCCUUAGCUGGACCAAUUAUUGUGGAGCCACAUGUCACAGCAGUAUGGGGAAAGAAUGUUUCACUAAAGUGUUUAAUUGAAGUAAAUGAAACCAUAACGCAGAUUUCAUGGGAGAAGAUACAUGGCAAAAGUUCACAGACUGUUGCAGUUCACCAUCCCCAAUAUGGAUUCUCUGUUCAAGGAGAAUAUCAGGGAAGAGUCUUGUUUAAAAAUUACUCACUUAAUGAUGCAACAAUUACUCUGCAUAACAUAGGAUUCUCUGAUUCUGGAAAAUACAUCUGCAAAGCUGUUACAUUCCCGCUUGGAAAUGCCCAGUCCUCUACAACCGUAACUGUGUUAGUUGAACCCACUGUGAGCCUGAUAAAAGGGCCAGAUUCUUUAAUUGAUGGAGGAAAUGAAACAGUAGCAGCCAUUUGUAUCGCAGCCACUGGAAAACCUGUUGCACAUAUUGACUGGGAAGGUGAUCUUGGUGAAAUGGAAUCCACUACAACUUCUUUUCCAAAUGAAACGGCAACAAUUAUCAGCCAGUACAAGCUAUUUCCAACCAGAUUCGCUAGAGGAAGGCGAAUUACUUGCGUUGUAAAACAUCCAGCCUUGGAAAAGGACAUCCGAUACUCUUUCAUAUUAGACAUACAGUAUGCUCCUGAAGUUUCGGUAACAGGGUAUGAUGGAAAUUGGUUUGUAGGAAGAAAAGGUGUUAAUCUCAAAUGUAAUGCUGAUGCAAAUCCACCACCCUUCAAAUCUGUGUGGAGCAGGUUGGAUGGACAAUGGCCUGAUGGUUUAUUGGCUUCAGACAAUACUCUUCAUUUUGUCCAUCCAUUGACUUUCAACUAUUCUGGUGUUUAUAUCUGUAAAGUGACCAAUUCCCUUGGUCAAAGAAGUGACCAAAAAGUCAUCUACAUUUCAGAUGUUCCAUUUAAGCAGACCUCUUCCAUAGCUGUAGCUGGAGCGGUAAUUGGAGCUGUUCUUGCCCUUUUCAUCAUUGCUAUCUUUGUGACUGUGCUGCUGACUCCCCGAAAAAAGAGACCAUCCUAUCUUGACAAAGUGAUUGACCUUCCACCCACACAUAAACCACCUCCUAUGUAUGAAGAACGAUCCCCACCUUUGCCUCAGAAAGAUCUGUAUCAGCCUGAACACUUGCCUUUGCAGACUCAGUUCAAAGAAAAAGAAGUUGGCAAUCUUCAGCACUCUAAUGGACUAAAUAGCAGGAGUUUUGACUAUGAAGAUGAGAAUCCAGUUGGGGAAGAUGGCAUUCAGCAGAUGUACCCCCUUUACAAUCAGAUGUGCUACCAAGACCGGAGCCCUAGCAAACAUCAUCAAAGUAACGACCCUAAGAGAGUCUACAUCGACCCACGAGAGCAUUAUGUGUGAUUUUUCUCUUUUUCCAAUGGGCGUUAUAACAAAUGUUUAUUCUUAGAUUGGGGAGAGAAACUAAGGCCAAUAGUUGUUUUACUGUCUCUCAUAUAGAACAGUCCCACUCUAAGGGUAUUGGAAGUCCUAAUGAAUGACGUAAAGCCAAUAGCAAAUUUCUUUUCUUCAUUAAGGGUUCCUUAACCACCAGCUGUGUUUGUGAACUUGACUAUAGCUUUGUGUGUUUCUGUGACGAUGGUGUUUAACUGCUAACAUUUGGCCUACAAUGGCAUUUUCAUUUAACAGUACCGCAUCUGCCUGUGAUAACUGCAGUGAUUCUCCAGAAAGAAAGGCCCCAGCUGGUACUAUUAACCUCGUUGGGUCUCAGGCAUGCUAGCCUGUUCAUCUGUAAUUCACACGGGCAUAAAAAUGAGUUCAAAAUCUAUUUCACUAAUUCUUUAGCUGGGAUUUGGAUUUCCCUGACAUACUUAAUACAAUUACAAUACCUGUGUACAAACAGAGGCCUGAGGAAAGAGGCAAAAUUUGUUCUUCAUCAAAACAGCAACAAAAGGCAGUUGAAACCUUCAAGCCUGUUGGUUGCUUUUAAACCCUCGUGUUAUUAUGAUAUAUAUUCCUUGUUGAACACUGAGGUCCUGAGGGAUACAUAUCUCUUUCUGUUUUCUGCCUACUUUUGACUAGCUGUCUGUAACAAAGGCUCUUCUUUUGCUCUGUCACUGUUCCUACAAUACUGUUCUUUAUUAGCUAGAUUAGCCUAUUUUGCACCUAUUAAAUUCUAAAAACCUUCUUUAAA